GCCAGACGCCAGCAGCGGGUCUUCUAACUUUAAGGCUGUACCUAAUAGUACAUCUUUGGACGCAUGAUCCUUGAAACGUAUGGAGGAGCAUCGACUCUAAGGGACGAAUGCUCCUCCCCCAUGCAACAUACUUUUCAACAAGGAUACACUUCUUGAGAACAAAUGAGAUGAAUUAGUAAAAAAAAUUACAGGGUGCUGGUAGAACUAGAUGAAUUACGGAGGACAGGAGCUCUAAUAACUCGCGUAGGGACGUCACUGUGGGACGCCGUCCAGGAUGGGGAAUUGGGGGAACGAUUAAGUUUACUGGGCAAGGAGGAUGAAUCCAACGGAAACAGAAUUCCUUCUCGUCCACCAAGGACAAGGAGUAAACCUACGACAGGAGCGGGUGAAGAUACUCUGGUCGUCCAGACACCACCCAGUGGAGGACCUAGAGCAGACAACUCAGCUGACGCAGUGGUCCGAAGGGCAGGAUUAAUACGGCAUCUACUUCGUAGUUCUGAAGCUAUACUGCCGGACGGGGGCGCCAACGCGCCAUCUUCUUCAGCACCACGGUUGCUCCGUAGAGAUUCCUCUCUUAUGAAAGUACUCGAACAGAGGGAGCCCUCUGCUCCAGCAUUGCAGACUCACGAACAAGUGGCUAAUUUCAUGCAAGCGGAACUAGAGCGCUCAGGAGGCUCAG